AACCGGUAACCAGAUCCACCACCAGCUGCAGCUGCGAGCCUGCGACACAGCUAAAAGCAAUUUCAAAGUUUUUUCUCUCUUUCUGGGGAUACUUUUCGAUCUCAACCUCUGUUUCUCUCUCUAUUUCUCGCCGGAGUUUCUGUGAUUUUCGGCAAAUUUAACGGAGGAGUGAGAUUUGGGGUCCUUCGAUAAUCGGAUCUGGUUGAUUAUUUGGCCGCAUAUUAAUAUAUUCCUGGAUUUUUGAGUGGUUUUUGUUCGAUUAAGAGUCAGCAAUCAUGUUUCUUAUCGAUUGGUUCUAUGGUGUUCUUGCAUCUCUCGGUCUUAUGCAUAAAGAGGCCAAGAUAUUGUUUCUGGGGCUUGAUAAUGCUGGAAAGACAACGUUGCUUCAUAUGUUGAAAGAUGAGAGGCUAGUUCAACAUCAGCCGACACAGUAUCCGACAUCAGAGGAAUUAAGUAUUGGGAAAAUCAAGUUCAAGGCCUUCGAUUUGGGAGGGCAUCAGAUCGCUCGCAGAGUCUGGAAGGAUUACUAUGCUAAGGUUGAUGCUGUGGUGUACUUGGUGGAUGCCUUUGACAGGGAGAGGUUUGCAGAGUCAAAGAAAGAGCUAGACGCCCUCCUCUCGGAUGAGUCGCUGGCCACUGUGCCCUUCCUGAUACUUGGGAACAAGAUUGACAUACCCUAUGCAGUUUCAGAGGAUGAGCUGCGUUAUCAUCUUGGCCUAUCAAACUUCACUACAGGCAAGGGUAAGGUAAACCUUGCAGACUCCAAUGUUCGGCCCCUUGAAGUCUUCAUGUGCAGCAUAGUCCGAAAGAUGGGCUACGGCGAUGGCUUCAAGUGGGUUUCUCAAUACAUCAAGUAGGGAAGGUAGGGAGAUAUAAUCCAGACACCCAAGUGGUAUCUCAACUCCAAUCUGCUGCAGCUCCUUAGGAGAGCUGAUGGUGUGUGUUCCCUCAUUUGGAUUAAUGGUUAAGGAGGUAUUGAAUUAUCACUGCUACGUGUAAAAUCAAUGUGGUGUAAUAGUUUUGUAGCUUCUCCAAUCAAGACUUUUGUCAGUCUUUUUUACCUUUGUUUUUUGUCCUUCCAAAUAGGGAUAGUAGAAGAUUGUGUUUUGUAUUACUAUCUAUUUUUUACCGAGGAAUUCAUGUUUUGGCAAACAUAAUAAGGGGAAUUAGCUUAGUUUGUCUUA